AUGAACGACAAAGACAUGUCAAGUGUCACUACAUCAGCCCAAUUGGUAGCGACAUCGACGGGAAUUCCGCUGUCCACUGUCAAAAGAGUUUUAUUGGAAGGUAAACGUCUUUUGGAAGACGGAAGCAAAUUUAAAUCUCCGAAAAAGACCAGAUGCAGGGAAAAUAUCAUUAUCAUUGACGAUUUUGAUAAAGCGGUAAUCCGAAGAACUAUUCACAACUUUCACAUUACUGAUAAAGAGGUGCCAACUAUGAAACGAAUACAUGAAAAGUUGAAGAGAGAAAUAAACUAUCCAGGUUCAAUUUGGUCAUUGCGUAAAGAAGUGUCUCUUUUAGGAUUUAAAUGGAAAAGAACAGAAGAUAAUAGAAAAAUUCUAAUGGAAAAACAUGAGAUACGUUAUCUACGUAUACAUUUUUUGAUUAAAAUUUCCGAAUAUCGUAUUCAGGGCCGGCCAGUCGUUUAUACCGACGAAACAUACAUAGACACGACUCACACUUCUUCAAAAUCUUAUUCAGAUGGCAGCACUUCUGGUUUGAAGAAACCAAUUUCUAAAGGAAAUCGUUUAAUAAUAGUUCAUGCCGGCGGAGAGGACGGUUUCAUACCAAAUGCACUGCUGAUGUUCAAAGCAAAUCAAAAAAGUGGUGAUUACCAUGAUAAUAUGAAUGCAGCAAACUACACGAAAUGGUUACAAACGCAAUUAAUUCCAAAUUUAAAGCCCAAUAGCGUUGUGGUGGUAGACAAUGCAUCUUACCACAAUUCGUUAGAAAAUCCCGCUCCCAACUCAAAUAGUCGUAAACAAGAUAUGAUUGACUGGCUCAAGUAUCGCAAUAUCGAUCACUCUACAUCGAUGCUUAAACCACAACUCUAUCAAUUGAUACUGCAAAACAAACAAAGAUUUAUUGAAUAUAAAAUUGACACUUUACUUAGAGAACAUGGUCACAGCGUCAUUCGUCUACCACCCUACCACCCGGAUUUCAACCCAAUUGAAAAUAUAUGGGCAAUGAUAAAAGGAUACGUGGCUAAAAAAAACGUGUCAAUGAAUAUGGAUACAAUUAUGAGGUUAGCGAAAGAAAAAGUUGACACUAUCACUGUACAAGAAUGGAAAAAUGUAUGUGACCACGCAAUAAAAGAAGAAAAAAAGUUUCAUGGUCACGAUGCCGUUCUUGACGAUAUAACGGAACGAUUCAUUAUUAACACAAACGAUACAUCAGAGGAGAGUGAAAAUGAAGACGAGAGUGAUAAAGAAAAUGAUGAAAAUGCAAUGUCCGGUGCAGAAGAAUUGUUAUAA